AUGGGAGGGAAAACAAAUGUUCGUUACGCCGCCACGGAGAUUGCUCCCGCCAAGUCGGCCCGCGCGCGCGGCGCCUACCUGCGCGUGUCGUUCAAGAACACCCGCGAGACCGCCCAGGCCAUCAACGGCUGGAAGCUGCAGCGCGCUGUUACCUUCCUCGAGAACGUCAAGGAGAAGGUCGAGGCUGUCCCCAUGCGCCGGUACGCCGGCUCCACCGGCCGCACCGCCCAGGGCAAGCAGUUUGGUGUCUCCAAGGCCCGCUGGCCCAAGAAGUCCGCCGAGUUCUUGCUCGGUCUGCUCAAGAACGCCGAGUCCAACGCCGACGCCAAGGGUCUCGACACCAGCAACCUGGUCGUCAAGCACAUCCAGGUCAACCAGGCCCCCAAGCAGCGGCGGCGGACGUACCGCGCCCACGGUCGCAUCAACCCGUACAUGUCGAACCCCUGCCACAUCGAGCUGAUCCUGACCGAGGCUGAGGAGACCGUUGCCAAGGGCGAGAGCACCGCCUCGUCGGUUGCCCACCUGUCCUCAAGACAGCGUGGCCAGCGCGUCCGCCGCGCCCUGACUGAGGCAUAA